AUGCGCGCCUGCGCCAUAUCUGAAAGGUGGAUCCAGGCCGAUUCCCGGCACCAGCUGCUACAGGUCAUUUUGUUCCACAUGCGCCAGUCCGAGUGGACCAUCCAGCAAAGGUUUUUAAACAAGACCAUCUUUAUCACCGUCGACCCCGCCAACCUCGAGGCCAUGUUAAACUCCAAGGCCAGGGACUACUCCAUUAGCCCUCGGCACCAAGUCGCCGCCCCCCUUUCCGGCGACGGCGUUUUCACCCUCGACGGCGAGGCCUGGCGGCGCUCGCGCGCCAGAAUCCGCCCGCACCUGGCGCAUGGCCACUACGAGGACCUGUCACCCAUGCAGCAGCCCGUCGACGACCUGCUCGCCGCCAUGUCCCGGUCCGCCGACGCCGGCGAUGUAAAAACCGUCGACCUCCAGCCGCUCUUUUUCGGCCUCACCCUUGACGUUACCACCUCGCUACUGCUGGGCGAGUCGAUCCGCUCUCUGGCGUCCGGCGUGGACAGCCCUGAGCGCGCUUUCGCCGACGCGCUCGACCGCGGCCUCGGCUUCCUGGCCCGCCGCUUCCGCCUGCCGGGCCUGCACUGGCUGGUCGGCGGGCGCGCGUGGCGGCGCGCCUGCGCCGACGUUCACGCCUUUAUCGACGGCGUCGUCGACCGGAACCUGGCGAAGGCGGCCGCCGCCGGCGGGGAGAAGAAGCCGUCGUUCCCGAGCAGGGUCGCCGAGGCCUGCCCGGACCGCGAGGCGCUGCGCGGCCAGAUCGUUAACGUUUUGGGCGCGGGGCGCGACACGACGGCGUGUUUUCUCUCGCGGACGUUCUUCGUUCUCGUCCGCCACCCCGAUGCCCUAUCCAAGCUCCGCACCGAAAUUGCAAAUACUCCCAUCUAGCCCGCCGACCUCCAGCGGGGCGACCUUAAAGGCAUGAGGUACCUUCAGGCCGUCCUAAAGGAGGACCUCCGCCUGUACCCGUCGGCGCCCAUUAACGGCCGCACCGCCGCGCGCGAUACGGUCCUGCCCACAGGCGGCGGGGUUGACCGGCAACAGCCCGUGCUUGUGCCGCGCGGCUCCGUCGUCGCUUUUAACGUUUACGCCUUGCACCGCCGCGCAGACCUGUACGGCAUGGACGCCGAGGUUUUCCGGCCCGAGCGCUGGCUCGGCGACGGCGACGGCAUGCCUUUAUUCCGCGACGCCUUGACGCGCAACUACGGGUACCUGCCGUUCGGCGGCGGGCUUCGCGUUUGCAUCGGAAUGGAUUUCGCCUUACCGAAGCCGCGUACGCCAUCGUGCGCAUCCUAAACGAGUUCCCCGUCAUCGCGCUCCCAGAUGGUGAAAAGGUUAAGCCUUUGGGCUUGGAGAAGCAGACCGUGGCUUUAAUGCUGCGAAUUACCGAUGGCUGCAACGUCCACUUAGGCUGAGUACCUUAUAAGCAGAAAGGAAUGACGAGCAACGUUUUGCCACCUUUUCUUUUGUACCACCCGGACCAACGGUAGGCUCGCCGGUCCCCCGCAACCCCGGCCAGGCACAAGGGUAGUCC